GUCGCACGCUGCCUCUCUCACCACCAUCGUCAUCGCUGUCCUCAUCCCCGCCAUUGGUCACCCCACGCCUCCCGCCGACGUUGUAGGGAUGCCCGUGCAGGUUCUAUCUCCCGGCGGGGUGUCCCUGCAUCGGCGGGAGUCCAUUGACGAAAACCUCCGACGUCGCCCAGACUGGCGGAGCGUCGAGGAUGGCCUCGAAAACGAUUACGGUUUCCUCCAAUACCCGUCCCUGCAGCGACCUCCCAAACAACAAACAUGGCGGCCCGCCCCGGGUUUGGCGGUUCCUUACAUCCGGCCUAUGAGGGUGGAGCGCCCUUCGUGGCACCAAGACGACCUCCUGCGUACCUCGACUCCUCUGUCACCAGGUCACGCCAUUUCGACGGUAUCGCCGCUACCCGGAGUUCCUGAGCAUCAUGUCACAUCGCGCGGCAUCACCAAGCGACACUCGGUGCUGUGGAAACUCAAGCCUGAGAAAUGGAGGCAACGAGAAGGAACGGCAGGGACUGGAGGCGGUACUUUGCGGAGGUGCCGGAGUCGUGACGAUGUGCUUCAGCCGUCUCCUCGUCAUCAUCCCUCUCCUUCUCACCUCGCUGCCUCUCAUCCUGACCUCGUAACUUCUCACUUGGCGCUGCCAUCUGAGAUGGGUGCUCCUCCCGCGAUUUCCAUCCUUCCGCCCAGUCGCCGUUCGUCAUCUCAAACUCUUCCUCGACGCGCGUCACAUGGAAGCAAAGACACGCUAUUCGCUCGGGGCCGCCGCUGGUUUGCGUCUCAUCGGCCGGAAAACAAAGAUGUCGUGAAGGACAAAGACCUGCGCUUGAUACCAGACUACCGGCUUCUGGAGCAUCGCGCUGAGCUGCGGAUAGCUGAACAACGGAUCAUGGAGCAGCGCAUUCUAGAAAGACGGAUAGUGGAGCAGCAACAUGAGCUCAUGGAACAGAGGUUAGGUGGGCAUCAGUUGCUGGAGCAGAGGUUAGGUGGGCACCAGUUGCUGGAGCAGAGAGUGGCUGAGCAGCUCACAGAACGUGGACAUUCUGAGUUGACGAUUCAGGCUGACACUAUGGAGGCGCCUAGCAGAACCGAUGCUCGGAAGUUGAGACCUCGUCGACCCAGGACAUUCUAUCUGCUGGAGGACUACCUCGCUCCUGUCAGAGGGGGACUCGAGCUCGAUGAGUGCGUGGGACCAAGAAUUCUUUUUCCUCCUCCCCGACCUGCUCCUCCUACCCCUGAGUGGGACACUCCCUCGCUGUCCCCACAACCCAGCGGGUCCACUAUCUUCAGUACUCCCCGUACCACCACAUCUUUCUUGGACCCGAACAUCAUACCAUCGCCUGACUGUCGGGGGGUUUCAGGUGCUCUAUACUCCCCCGUCUUCUCCCCACGGGACACCAAUUAUCCUCGUUUCGUCACCCCGGAGAUGUCGCUAUCGGAACAUCCUUCACAAUCCCUCUAUCCCGUCAUGUACCCGUCCGGCCACGUCACUUUGGACGGACGCCGGCGAAGUCACCCUAGAACGAAGAAACUACCGGUGCUCACCAGCAACAAUAACCCCGCCCUCAACAUCACCAACCCUCACCACCACCACCACCAUGCCAACGGAGCUCAUCUCCACCAUCAACAACCACACCCUCACCACCACCAGCAACAUCACAAUUUUAUCAACAAUUCUUCCGCAAAUAGCAACGGCAACAACAGAGUCAACAACAACAACACAAUCUCUCGCUCUUCUCAUUCACACCAACAGCAACAACAUAUACAACAACAACCAACACCACAACAACAACAACAAUUUUUGGUACCGGGAGUUUCGGGACAGCGUAGCGGGGACACUUUCGGGAGUCCGAGCGGUGGGACCGACGACGCCGGGACCGGCGGACCAGCGUCCCGUCUGGCGGGCAGCGCCGUGGGUGACAGACCGGGCCAGACCAGUGCGGGAGGCGUGGGGACUCUCCCAUUCCUGCACCAACGCGACCCCCCCUCCACCACCAACAACAACCACGUCCCCCCCAGCAGCGAGGGGUCCCCGCGGUCCCGCCGUGCGGGCCACGCUUCCUCCUCCAGCAGACACGGGUCACUCAGCAAAGACCGGGACCAGACCCGAGGCCGGGCCUCCCCUAACGGGGGAACUGAGAUCAACGGCAGACUUAGUGGGGGAAUCAGGACCCCCAUUGCUCCUUCAGAGGCGCUGCGCAUCUCAGGCGAGCGGCUGACGGAGUUCGAGCGGCGGGAGAUCGAGGCGUACCCCGAGGUGUGGUUCCUCGGCCUCGAGGCGCGCAAGAUACACGGCGAGGAGGGCGGCCAGCUCAACGCAGGGUACGAUGACGACAACGGCAGCUACAACAAGGUAAUGCACGACCACAUCGGCUACCGCUACGAGAUCCUCGAGGUGAUUGGCAAGGGAUCAUUCGGGCAGGUGAUCAGGGCGAUAGAUCACAAGACAGGUGAUCAGGUCGCCAUCAAGAUCAUCAGAAACAAGAAGCGGUUCCACCACCAGGCGCUCAUUGAAGUGAAAAUUUUGGACCAUCUCCGUAGACGCGACAGCGACAAAACCCACAACGUCAUCCACAUGCUCGACUAUUUCUACUUCAGGAACCACCUCUGCAUUACCUUCGAGCUCAUGGGACUGAACCUGUACGAGUUGAUCAAGAAGAACAACUACCAGGGCUUCACUCUGCCACUCAUCCGACGCUUUGCCACCUCCCUGGCCGAGUGCCUCUUGCUCCUGCACCGCGAGAACAUCAUCCACUGCGACCUUAAACCUGAGAACGUGCUUCUGAAGCAGCGAGGCAGCAGCUCCAUUAAAGUGAUAGACUUCGGGUCAUCCUGCUACGUCCAACAGCGCGUCUACACAUACAUACAGAGCCGCUUCUACCGCUCGCCUGAAGUUAUACUUGGUCUUCCUUAUGGUCUGCCUAUCGACGUCUGGAGUCUAGGUUGUAUCCUGGCGGAGCUGUACACAGGAUACCCGCUGUUCCCUGGAGAGAACGAAGUGGAGCAGCUCGCCUGCAUCAUGGAGGUGCUGGGGCCGCCGCCCCAGGCGCUCCUGCUUAACGCCUCCAGACGACGACUCUUCUUUGACUCUAAGGGCAACCCGCGCUGCAUCACCAACAGUAAGGCCAAGAAGCGGAGGCCAGGAUCCAAAGACCUGGCGUCAGUCCUUAAAUGUUCUGAUCCUGUCUUCGUGAACUUCAUCGCGCGCUGUCUUGAAUGGGAGCCGUCGGCGCGCCUGACGCCUGACGAGGCGCUGGCCCACGAGUGGCUGCAGGGCGCCUGUGCUACGGCGCCUACCCGCGCCCUGGCUGGCGCGCCUGAGCCUGUAUCCAUAUCUGAGCGGCGGCGGGAGGUGCUGGCUACCGGCGCUGGCGGCGGUGGUGGUCAAGGCGGCAGCCAAGGCGGCAGUCAAGGCGGCAGCCAAGGUGGCCAAAGCGGUGGUGGUGGCAGUCAAGGCGGCCAAGGCGGUGGUGGUGGCAGUCAAGGCGGCCAAGGCGGCGGUGGUGGCAGCCAAGGCGGUGGUCUCAGCCAAGGCGGCGGCAUACAAGGAGGUGGCGGCAGCCAAGGCGCCGGCAGCCAAGGCGGUGGUGGCGGGAUGAAUGGCCAGAACAAUGGCCACCGCAAGCCUUUGCCCCUCAGCCAAGACUCGACUGAAGAGGAUGUGUAUAGCCUGUAUAAGGUGUACAAGGGCCGCCGGAGUCGCGACUCGUCGUCCAACAGACAUGGCGGCAGUUCAGGAGCUAAAGCUCCUACAAAAAGUCUAUCUCAGGACUCUCAACAAUAUCCUACAGCGUCGCAGCAUCAGCAAACUAACCAGCAACUGUACCAACAGCAGCCACAUCAGUACCAGGUGUUGUGUGGUACCACCUCGGAUGGUCAUACCUUGCCACGACCUUUUCGCGAACUCACAAGCGCCAUCUCCAGUACCAGUAUCUCGCAUCCCCUUGCUCCCGGUAGCAAUAACGGAGAACCUCUUACCUCUAAAAAUACCAUGGGUAACGGUAUCAAGUUUUCAGCGAGCAAUGGUAGUUCUGGUAGAAGCGUCACUGGGAACGGUAGUAUGGUUGUGCAAGAGUCGUUUGCUGCUAGUCACGAACAGGGUAAAAACUCUAGCAUGGCUGAAUCUUCCUUUGACGAUUCCGGGAAAUUCUUGCCUCCUAUUCUUUAGAUUAAAUUACUUCUUUGUAGUGCCUGCCCCCAAUAGAGUGGAUCUUUUAUGAAUUGAAAUUCAAUGAAAGGUGAACGAAUAGAAUAUAUCCUCAAUGGUUUUUCAUAACAUAUGAUAAUUCAAGAACUGUUUCUUCGGAGAAACUUCCCUCCUGGUAGCGAAGCUGCAAUCUAUUUUUCCUCUGCCUUUUACGCGCCUAUUAAAUCUGUGUAAUAAAGUGAGCCAUAACAUACAAAUGCUUGAUGAUACCACACAACGGUUUACUAUCAUUAAAUCAUUUUUUCACUAAAAAUAUUGUAAUCAACUAACUGU